UUGUAGGCUAUUCAUUUUGUAUGGAUGCAGUUCAGUUUGUAGUGUUACUCUAGCCUAAGGGCCUCAUCCCUUGAAAAAAAAAAAACAUUAAUAAGUUGAUAAUUUGAUCAACGCAAUCAAAUCUGAAAUGUUUUCCUUCAAGACCCUUGUGACUAUUUUUUUCAUUAGUGUUUUUGUGAUUGCGGUUCGCUGCUGGGACCCAUACGAUGUGUUAGGUCUGAAAAGAGGAGCAUCAACUUCAGAUAUCCGCAGAGCAUACAAACAACAUGCGAGAGAAUGGCAUCCAGAUAAAAAUAAAAAUGAAAAUGCAGAAUCAAAGUUUGUGGAGAUUAAUAAAGCAUAUGAGUUAUUGUCAGAUCCUGCCCGAAGGAAACUUUUUGAUCAAAAAGGAGUUGUUGAUGAUAGUCUGAACAGGAACAUGAACAACCCUAAUACUGGCUUUGGAGAUAGAGGAUCAUUUUUCUCAGAACAUGGUGGAUUUAGAUUUCAGUUUAAAAUGUCUGAAAUGACUGCAUUUCAUCAGCAUAGAAUUACUAUGAGGGGUUAUGAAAAUCUAAUUUCCCCACAAAGUCAGAAUCAACCUUACUUGAUUUUUGUCUAUUCUGAAUGGUGUCUGAUGUGUGUUCAUGUGUUGCCCAUGUGGCAACGAUUGGUAGAAGAUUUGAAUCCAAUUGGAAUAAACUUAGCUACAGUUCACUUUGACCAAGAAACCGAGUUAGCUCAUAAACUUGGAGGGAAAAGAGGAGAACUUCCACACAUUGUGCUGGUGAUGGAAUCCAGAAUUUCAUGCUACAAGGAUGACGAAUUUAGCACUGUCAAAGUUAUAGAAUUUAUCAGGAGCCGGUUUUCACGUAAUCUGAUAACCGCAAUUAAUGACCAGAAUUCAGAACAGUUUUUAAGUGGAUGGAAAGAUAACAAAGUCCGUGUGCUGCUAUUUGGAAAAUUGGAACUAGUCCGUCUACGUUACUUGACUUUGGCUUUCAAGUAUAGAUCUCAUGCCGUUUUUGGUUACGCGCAGUUAAACAUAGAGGCAACACAAACUCUUUCCGAAAAGUUUGAUAUCCCUUCAAAAUUAGAUUCUCUCUUUCUGUUUCAUGAAGACCGUGACAAACCGGCUGCCCGAUUAAGUAUGGCGGAUUUACCUUACUCAACAUUAAAAGACGUGAUCGAAACCAACAAAUAUCUCCAGUUGCCAAGACUUUCUUCUCAAAAUAUGCUCGAUUCACUCUGCCCUCCCGAGAGUUCAAAUGUCCGCCGACGCCUCUGUGCCAUUCUUGUGACAGACGAUCGAGAAGAGGAUGAAGAAGCGCGAGAACAACUUCGACAGUUUACUCGCCAGUUUAAAUUCAGCCGUGAUCGAAUUGCCUUCAGUUAUGUUUUUAGGGAAAAACAAACGGAAUUCCUUCGCGCACUACUAGAAGAUGGGAAAUCUCCGACUGAGACAACUACUCAUGUAGUUAUUGUUUGGCGUCAAGAUAUUCGACGUCUAAGCUAUAGUUGGCUUUCGCAACCUUUUGUUUCCGGGGUAGACAAUUGGAACUCUAGCAUUGAAUACCUUCAUCGUACUUUAACUAAAAUCAUGGGAACUGCACAACCGUUAGCACAUCAAACAGUUGUGAAGGAACUCGUUGAUGAACAUGCUCAAGGUAUUUUUGGUCGAAUCACUGCACGCCUUGUGACAGCGGCUGAAGUUCUCGGAGAUCAUAUCACUCGUCAAGAACUUCUUGCUGUCGGCUCAGUUGUUGGAACAGUUCUCUUUAUCGCGGCAGUAGGAUACGUCAUGACUUACCUUGUGCGUUUAGAAGAAGAAACAAUUCAAAAGAAAAACAAAGGGGUAAUUCAAACCCCUCGACAAACUAAAACGGAAUUAAAACUCCAUGAACUGCGUUCUGAAACGUACAACGGAAUGGUUAGACUGCUGAAACCUGGCUGUCGCACUAUUGUUUUGUUGUUAAAUAACCAAUCAAUGGACAUCUUAAUUCCAAAAUUUCACAAAGCAGUUUGGCCUUAUCGAAAAAAUAAAAGCUUAUUGUUCGGUUGGAUGAAUAUCGACCGUGGCCUACAGUGGUACAGCCGACUGCUAAAUUUAGCUUUGAAGAACGUCGAAGAGGAUGAAGGAACUGACAUUACGCUAGAUUCAAAUCUUGUCAAGUCGAAAAACUGCGUCGGUACUGUUAUUUCUCUAAACGGACACAGACGAUACUUCUGUAUCUAUCACGCUCGUCAUCCAGAAUGUAUUUCUGAUAGUGGUGGAAAGAGGAUGCAAAGCAUGGCUCGACGUUUAACAAAAUCAAACCAUUCUAUAAAUGAUCCCAGUGGGGCGUUUAUGGGGUUUGAUGAUACGUCAUUAGAAGAUUCAGAUAAUUCAGAUGUCGAAAAGGGUGAUUGCAUGAAAUCACUUGAUGAUGAGCAACCCUUGAUAACAAACGGAUUGGGAUUGCAAAGUCAACGAGCUUCUACAGAAUUUGUUUUAGACGGACUCUCUAAUUGGUUAGAUCGUCUUUUUGAAGGCACAACCCAACGCUAUAGUAUCAAUUAUUGGCCCGAAUUCGGAAAUUUCUAAAUUAUUUUAGUUAAAAGUCAUUUGGUGUUUUAUUUGCUUGUCCUCCUAGUCAAUAAUAUUACAAAUGUAUUGUAUUGAAUCUUUUCCUUUUACCAUUUUUGCCACAACACAUUUUCCUUACUAAUUGCAUUUCUAAUCACAUUACAUUAAUACAGGUUGAAUCAGGAACUACAACACCAUGUAUUUUCCAUGAUGAAACUAAUCAAUAAAUCUGUGAGAAAAUUAAACAAGAAUUUCAGAAGAUGAAUCCUUUACAUUAGCUGUUGUCCCCAUAACCUAUACAGGAAAUUUGUUUAUAGCUGAUGUGCAUUAAGAUCUGCAUUAAGAUUUUGUACCUUGAUUUGAUCAGCCCUAACCAUAAAAGGGACAUUCAACUUGUAUUGGCAGUUAGAAGCACCCAUUCCUGCUCCAACUCCAACUCCAAAAACAACAGGCCAUGAUUU